AUGAUGGUGUGCAGGCAGGUUGCCAGCUCGCCUUGUGUGCUGAGCAGUGCCCAGUAUGUUCUAGUGUUCUUUAAGGGUGUUCUAGUGUUCUCUAAGGGUGUUCUAGUGUUCUCUAAGGGUGUUCUAGUGUUCUGUAAGGGUGUUCUAGUGUUCUUUAAGGGUGUUAUAGUGUUCUCUAAGGGUGUUAUAGAGUUCUUUAAGGGUGUUCUAGUGUUCUUUAAGGGUGUUAUAGUGUUCUCUAAGGGUGUUAUAGAGUUCUUUAAGGGUGUUAUAGUGUUCUUUAAGGGUGUUAUAGUGUUCCCUAAGGCUGUUAUAGUGUUCUCUAAGGGUAUUAUAGUGUUCUCUAAGGGUGUUAUAUUGUUCUCUAAGGGGUGUUAUAUUGUUCUCUAA